AUGAAGUUCAACGCUGUCUCGGCCUCUCCGCUGCUGCUCGCUUCCGCCACGGCCGCCCGUGUAGCCGUCGCUAUCAAUCCUUCUCCAACACCCCAUCCGGAGCCCUUGACAUAUAUCUCUCAAGAUGGCCCCCUCCAUCGACCACACAAAGACUACUGCUGCUUCACUCUCGGCUCUUUCGACCCUUCCACGGGCCGCUACCCCCUCUCCCCGUUUGAUGGAAGCGUCGGCGAGUCCUUGGUUGACGGUUCUCGUCUUGGCCAAGGUCCUUUCUGCUUCAACCAUACCACAGGCAUCGUCCAGGACACUAAUGGCGCCCACUGUAUUUUUGACGAGGCCAGCCACAAGUUUCACUGUUGCGACAAUUGCACCGGAAAGACCAACUUUCGACUCAACAUCCAUCAUCAGCAGGGCAGUGCCUCUGCCACCAUCGUAGCCCGAAAUGAUGUCGACGCGCAGUGCUCCAUGGAGCCACACUCUUGUCCCCCUCCCUGGCACCGGGCCCUGAAGUGGUGUCAACAACAUCCCAACUCGGACAGAUGUCCUUGGCUCCCCUGGACGCUGAGCUCUCAUAACAUCAAGUCAGACAACGGCGACGCACUCCGGUUUGGAAUCGGCUUUAUCCUGGACCAACUCUGUGGAUGGUUGCCCGGCACAUGCCCUGUCACCUCCAACAUCAAGGACGUCGUGCCCAGGCUCGAAUUGAGGCGAACCAUCCAGGGCUUCCAGGACAUUUUGGACUUGGCAUGCGAGGUCGCUGACCCAUUGUGUCCUUUUAUUCCGUUAGUCAUGGACGCAGUCCUCUCUAUCCUGGAAGCACUCUCAGACAUCUCAAGGCUCGGCCAAGCCGCCCGGGCUUACGUUGACACCAACAACAGCAUUGAUAUGCGUGCUCUCUCAAGGUCACUACGGACUGCUCACACUGAAAUCGGUUCAGCUGGCCAGUCGAAUAUGGAGAAUGCCUCAGAAAUGACUCCGGAAGAAGCCAUCGAAUGGCUUCGGGGCAGGCUGAAUGCCAUCUGCGAGAAGAACUUUCCCGUCUUGUGUCAAUAUGUUCCCAAUGUCCUCGGCUUCAUCCGGAAGAUUCUCGAAAGCACCGACGAGGACUGCGAAGCGUUGUCUCACGCUGCCCAGGCCAUGCUUUCUGGGUUGAGAUGA